UCUAGUCUAUUUUUGGCACAGGUACAAAAGCAUCAGGUGUUUUACUACACAUGUUCACUCAUAAAUAUUACCAGUGGCUGCUGGCCGUAGAACUGACACACCUCCUAGUACUGUUAAGCUCAGCUAAACACUCUUCACAAUACAAAUCCCUACGUACAGCAAGUCAGCAUGUUUGCACACAUGGAGCUUUGCAAGCUGGAGACUGUAGUUCUGCUUAGUCAAGAGCCACAAACCCUGGUGACUACACAAGGUGGAGAAGAUCAACAUUAUCAUUGUCCAGCAUGACUGUCUACAUCUGCUUAUUUAUCCAGUGGUUACUGGACGAAAUGACACAGUGACCAAUCGGAUGUAGCAUCUAUUGGUGUUGGACCAAGAAUCGUCUGUCUGGGAUUUUUAAUUUUGUCAGCACACAGGACUGUGACUAGACAUGCAACCAGGAGUGCGAGCCUGUGUGCCCACCUUACUGGGCCAGACCACACUCAGCCUGAUUUGGCGAGGUUGUCUCAGUAAUGUGCAGAAUAUGCCUGUUCGAAGCUUCAGCUGUUUGCCCAGGAAGAUGAGCAGGUGGAACAGCAGGGACACCUGCAGCCCCCUUCCUCCUCAAGAAAACCCCCGCGUCCUCAUCACAGGUGGACUUGGGCAAUUAGGUGUGGGACUCGCAGACAUGCUGAGGAAACAGUAUGGAACAGAGAAUGUGAUUCUGUCAGACAUUAAGAAGCCUCCACCAAAUGUUUAUAGCAGCGGCCCAUUUGUAUAUGCUGAUGUGUUGGACUACAAACACCUCAGAGAACUGAUUAUAAACAAUCGUAUCACUUGGCUGGUCCACUACAGUGCUCUACUUAGCGCAGUGGGAGAAGCUAAUGUGGCUUUGGCACGCAAGAUCAACAUUACAGGCCUUCAUAACGUGCUGGACUUGGCGCUGGAGCACUGCCUUCGUCUCUUUGUACCCAGCACCAUUGGAGCAUUUGGUCCCUCCUCUCCUCGUGACCCUGCCCCUGACCUCUGCGUCCAAAGACCUCGAACCAUCUACGGAGUAUCCAAAGUGCACGGAGAACUGAUGGGAGAGUACCUCCAUCAUAAAUAUGGUCUGGACUUCCGCUGUCUACGUUACCCAGGUGUGAUAUCAGUCAACACACCACCUGGAGGAGGAACAACAGACUAUGCAGUUCAAAUAUUCCAUGAUGCUCUCAGCACUGGUCACCAUGUGUGCUACCUACGUCCUGAUACCCGCCUUCCCAUGAUGCACAUCUCAGACUGCCACCGUGCCACUAUAGAGUUCAUGCAGUCCCCUGAAUGCCAACUGUCCUUACGUACAUACAACAUUGCAGCUAUGAGUUUCACUCCUGAAGAGGUAGCCCAGGAAAUCCGCAAGCAUCUGCCUCACCUCAAGGUCACCUACAAUCCAGAUUCUGUUCGCCAGACCAUUGCAGACAGCUGGCCAAUACGAUUUGAUGACUCCAAUGCCAGAAGAGACUGGGGAUGGGCACCAGCUUUUGGGCUGGAAGAGCUGGUGGCAGAUAUGCUGCGCUCUGUUCGAGAAAAGAGGACCGAUGAGGGUUUACCAGUCAGAUAGCAAAACCAUUUUCACAAAGACUGACCAGUGCCCUGCCCCUUUUCAGAUGGCAUUUACAAAGAAUAUACUUUCUUCACAAGUUGUCAACAAGUAUCUUCUGUUACCUUGGAAUAUUACAAUAAGCGCGAGACUUAUACUCAGCUUGGACAUCUCCGUUAUCAGUCAAACACAUGUACAUUGAUAUGUCAGUCUCACACAUAUUCUGUCACACACAUACAUUUCAGGCUUUCUUUUUUAGGGAAUCAUAUACUGUAAAACCUUCUAUACAUUUGUUGUUUGUAAUUGUUUUAAUGGUAUAAACAUAAUUUUACAGAUGGAUAUGUUGCUUCAGAUGGAACAGCAUACUAUUUUUAUCUAAGCCUCAGAUUUUCAAAUGUUAUGUUAAUUGCAUGGAUGGAACAGCAGUCUGUUACAGUGUCUAUUACAGUGUCUUAUAAAAUAUGAACCAAUUGCACAUUUAGAGGGUAUUCACCUGUUGUACUCUUUGAUUACAGAAUCACCAGGAAUGGCUGGCUUAGAUUUCUCCAGACUAUAAACAUCAUGUAUUCUGAUGGAAUUUUAUAGUAUGAUCAAUCAUAGAAUUAUAUAUCUACUUAAUAUAAUUUCACUACCCAAAAUCACUGUAUACAACUUUAUUUCCCUUGUUGUAGCAUCUAACAUCUUACCUUAUUUUAGCGGUGUGAUUUUGAUCAAGAAUGAAAGAAUAACAAAAAAUAACAAAAAAACAAAAAACAAAGCCUUAUUAACAUUUACAUAUUAUUUUUAAACAAUGUAUAAAAAUGCAGUGAACUUUGAAUUUAACCUUGAUACAUAAAUUUUUAUUUACUAGUAAAGCAGCUAUUGUAUAUCGUAGAACUCAACUUGCUCUGCAUGAACAAUGUGGGGUAAUUUGUGGACCAUGAGGAUGUUAAUCAUGAUGGUAAUAGUAAUAAGGUUACUUAUGGUGAAAAGAAAUGAAUUUAAUAUCAUUUUAUGGCACUUUUGGUUUUACAAUUUAUGCCUUCCACUCCUGAGAAGAAAAAAAAUUCUGCACUCAUUACUUUUGCUAUUUGUUACUUUGCAGAACCUGAUUGUAUGUGAUUCAACAUCCCAGCAUGUUUUGCAUUGGUAAAAUAAACUAAUGAACAGCAUAA